AACAUGCGCACUAUUACCAGAAACUGUCAGUCAUAGGUAGACGCGAACAGGGAAUGUUGUGUCGAGUGAGGGAAGAGCCUACUUUAUUUAAAAUAUGAAAUCUUAGUCGCGUUAUAAAAUAUGAAUGUAGGCCUUGGGGUUGCUGUUAUUGUCAUGUUUUUGGGCCAUGUGUACAAAGCGUCGGCCCUGUUGCCCAGCCCCCAGAACGUCACCCUGCAGACGCUCAACACCCGCUACGUCCUCGUGUGGACCUGGGACUCUGCGCUGGGCUGCCCGGCCAACCAAACGGCCACGUUCACCGCCCAGUACCUGCCUAAAUUCAAACUGCGGACGAAGAAGAGGGACUGGAAGUCGGCAUGCUCGGAGACCGCGGAUGCCUACUGCGACUUUACCAGCUGUGACCUGUACUACAUGGGGGUCUACAUGCUCCGGGUUCGAGCCAGUUGCGUGGGGAAGAACUCAAAGUGGGUCCAGCUGGAGUUCUGUCCAGACAAGCAAGCUCACCUGGGCCCGCCCUCCAAAGUGGAGGCGGUCCCCGGCAUCGAGCUUCUGGAGCUGCGCAUCUCCGACCCUCUCACCAGCAAGAGUGCGUCAAUGAAGGAGAUCUACCCGGAAAUGUAUUACCUCAUCGUGUACUGGAAAGACACCCAGAAUGCUGCGAAAGACUAUCGAGGUUUGAACACGAGCAUCAACAUUGCGUCCCUGGCUGAUCUGGAGCCCUGGACUGUAUACUGCUUCAAGGUGCAGUCACGAUUCAACUUCUACAACAAGAUCAGCAGCUUCAGCGAAACGCAGUGCCAGCGAACCACAGGUAGGACCCCGCUGUGGCAGAUAUUCCUGUGGUUCCUGGCCUCCCUGGUCCUGUGUUUCCUGUGCGUCCUGCUCCCUUCUUAUGGCCUUUUCAGAUUCUACUGGCUGAUUAAAGCCACCUUCUUCCCAUCCUACCAGCUCCCAGAAAACAUACAAGAGUACCUAUACGACUCCUCCCCUGACUCGGACCGGCCCCGCCUCCUGACACCGGAGUCCGAGGUGGAGGUGUGCUGCGAGUCCCUGGACGUGCUGCCCGUGGUGGUGCUCCCCGAGAUCCACGCCCCAGCGGACCCCCCCGGCGGCCUGGACCCCGACCCGUCCCGGCACAGCCGGCAGGGCAGCGGCGACUCCGGGGUCUACUCCAACGAAGAGGGGUCCGGGCAGGCGGGCGGCUCGUCGACGGGGGCGGAGCCGAAGAAGGGAACAGGGCCGGCAACGGAGCGGGUGAAGAUGGUGGAGAUCGGGGUGGUGGAGUCGAGGACAGAGGGUCUCGACGUCGCCCCCUGUGGCCGCGGCCCGAAGUGCUGGCCCCCGACCCGCGUUUGGGCUGCUGAGGACGUUCUGGAGGAGUGUGUCUGACCCCUCCUGGUGAUGUGAGGGUGGCCCAGGAGUAGCCCAAAGGGACAUGCUCCCCCCCCCGAACAAUAGGGCAUCUGCCAGGUGACUCGUUACUGUGACCAUGACGAUACCCUCGAUUGACUCCAUCGUCCGCAGGCCGUCCCGUGUUCUUCUCUGUUUCAUACAGCCUGUGGAACAGCUGCGCUGGUGCAGAGCUGUGUGUGUACAGCUGAAAGUGUGUGUGUGUGUGUGUGUGUGUGUGUGUGUGCAUGUGCGUGGGUGUCAACCGUAGGGGGAAAGAGAUCGAUCUUGUGAUACUUUCUUCUGCGAUACAGUAAUAAUGCAGUGGUGCCUAAAACCAACAUUUUAUCAAAAUAUAUACACAUAUUACAAUUCAUGUUAUUUUCAUGUUAUGAUUUUAAUGCACAACGUGAAUGCAAAGAGACACCCUCCAUGGAGUGCAUUAAAAUCAUAUUGGCCAGCCGCCAUCUCGUUGUGGAUUAUCCCGCUUAUGCAGUGGUCACUAGUGGGAAAAAAUUAAAACAAGGCCAUUUUCAUUAGACGCUUUGCAUUCAGAAUUUAAAGGAUAUUAGUGCCAAAACUGCAGAUGGACUAAACUGCUGCUUGUCUAGAACGACUGACAUUGAAGAGCCUCACCAAUUUCAUUGUUUACUUCUGUUUUUCUCCCCUAAAUUUAAUUGCACUUAAUUAAUUGCAUCAUUUAUUUACUUAAAUGAAGCUACUGAAGGGAUUGUGUGUUCUUGAAUGUUUUAUUUUCUUACAGACUGCUAUGUGUUCAUUGUGUUCAUGUUCACAAGUACAAGUUUUCAGUGAAAUUAAUUAAUGCGACAAUUUUUGUUGAGUGUGAUGGGUUUUAGCAUAUUUUUCUUCUUAGGCACAUGAUUUGAACUUUGCACUCCAGUGAAAUGAGAAACGAAUAAAAAUAGCAAUAUAUCGCAGUAUCGUAUGGCAACGCUCAGCGUAUCGCAAAAGCACAAAGAAUCACAAUAGUAUCGUAUCGAGACCAGAGUACCGGGGAUAAUGACAUUGUGAGGACCCUGGCGCUUCCCACCCCGAGUGUGUGUGUAUCUGUGGGUGUUUGUGUGUGUGUGUGUGUGUGUGUCUGUGGGUGUUUGUGUGUGUGUGUGUGUGUGUGUGUGUGUGUGUGUCUGUGGGUGUUUGUGUGUGUGUGUGUGUGUGUUCUUGGGUGUGUGUGUGUGUGUGUGUGUGUGUGUGUGUCUGUGGGUGUUUGUGUGUGUGUGUGUGUGUGUCUGUGGGUGUUUGUGUGUGUGUGACUGAUUGUGUUCAGAUAUGAGAGGGAGACCCUGGCCUGCGUUAUAAUGGCCACAGUGUGUCGCUGUGCGCAACAGCACAGGAAGAGGCGUUAAUCUUGCAUGUGUGCGUGCGUGUGCGCAUGUGUACAUUUACAAGCGCUUUUUGUCAGUACUGUACAGUGUGUUUGUGUACAUGCCACGUAUCUCAGUCAAUAUGUGCGUCUUCAUUUUCCAGCACUUAUAAAUUAUGUUUAGAAGUGCUCGUCUGGCCUCAAAUGCAGCAAAGCAAAAAGUGAAGCAAAAAGAUUGGUGACCAUUUAUGAUCUCCUUGCCCGCAUCAUCAUCAUAUUUUUUUUUAUAGAAGUGCUGGUAUGCUUUAAUGUUGAAGAGGUAACUGGACUGGUAUCUUGUGUGCGUGUGUACAUGUAUAUGUGUGUAUGUGUGUGUGUGAGAGAGAGAGAGAGAGAGAGACGCAUUGAGAUACCACAUUCACAUGUUUAUGAUUCUUAUAGAAUCCUGAGGUGUGUGUCAGAAGUCUCACAUGGCGUGAGCACCUGUUAUGCUUUUUGUUUCUUGUUUUUUAUCAUCUGUGUUCUCUGCACACAUUGAAGUGACAGGUGUGCAGUAGAUUACUGUAAGUCUUAAAAGGAGAACUGGAUCAACCCGUGUGUAAGAUAUUUAUUUUGACUAUGUCCUUUUCUAUUUUUCCCUCUUCCUCUUUUUAAUUUAAUUUAACUUUUUUUAAGUCCGUGUGUUUACAUACAAUCAUCGAAAGUGCUCCAAAAUACACAAGUGAUGUUUUUCCCUCAAACCCGAUGUGUCAGUUUGAAAUAAACCUGUUGGAACAUGCCCCCUUGAGUAAGGUAUGUCGCCUCGAUUACUUCAUUUGGCUGCGCAACUGAACAAGAGUGCCGUUUACUAAGGAACGAACACGCCAUUUAGCAUGGUGCGCUAGCAUAGCAUAUGCAGCGCUUGCUGGUAGACCAAGCACUUGCAUACAGUCUGUAUAUCAUGGCAUUGAUUAGUGUAGCAAUUCAUAGCCGGAGUCUUAGGUAUAUUGUUUUUGUGUGGAAUAAGAACCUCAAGAUGAUGUAAACCUUGCUGAACCCAUUGUGCUCGUGAUGAAUGUUGGUUUUCUGAAAAUCUGCAAAUGUGCGUUUAAUUGCGAUUGGCAGGUGUCUGUCACUGAAGAGAGGUGAAAAGAAGUCAAUUGGUUGGGUGCAUGCAUUUAGGAAGAGUGUGUGUGCUGCAGUGUAUCAUUUGGAACACUGGGCACUGAAGUGAAGAAAGACCUUAAGUUACCAUUUAGAAUUCCAAAUUGUGGAGAGAAAUAAAAAGCUAUUGUGCUAUGUAUAGUGCAAGAAAUAUUAUAGUAUGCAUCAUGAAACACAGUCAGUUAUCCAUCAUUUAUAUACAACCAAUGUCACAGUUUGCUAAUGUAAUUUGCUACGGUUUGUGUUAUAUGGUUGUGGAUACAUUGGCACUGCUCAGACAGUGAAAUCUGUACAUUCGUUCACUUACCUUGGGAAAAGUCCUUUAGAUCAGAUCACCUUUUUCUGUAGAGUGAAAUCCAAAAACCUGCUCCUGCUAUAUGAAUGCACAUAUGUAUGUUGUUCUAUUGCUGUACUGUGACCCUUAGUGUGUGUAAACUGAAUAGACUUGAUAACUUGCGCUGCUGCGGCUUCAACGUGACUCUCCCUUUGUAAAGUGCCUGCGUGACACUGACUGAAAGCAGCAGCCAUGGCUGUAACGGAUGCAUUGAUCAAAGUGGGGAGGAGAAUGCAUUGAAGAGGUGCCAACGCCAUUGCACUGUUGCGUUUUUUUGUGUUAUGUGCACUGUAGUGCUGUAUUGAGUGUCUUGGGAAAAGGUCAAUAAAGUUGGACUUUUUCAUUACAAAG